AUUCAACCAUCGUGCGGUGCGAUUCUUGGUUUUCAUACGCUCUGAUCCUCGCGAACAAUAUUUUUCUCGCCUAGAAUCCUUUCGGUCGAAAAAGGGAAAAUGCGUCUGAUUACGGUUAACUUUUUGUUGAUGGCAUUUUUUGCCUGCUCAUCUAUUUUGCCAGCGAGUGCCCUGGAAUGCUACAGUUGUGUAGGAGAUGAAUGCCAUGUGGAAAAUGUUCGGACGGUCUCUUGCACUCUUGAUGGCUCUUCGGCAUUCGUGUUGGAGACAAAUGCCGCUUUGAAUCGCUUUAGACGGUCUCUUCUUUCAGUGAUGCCAAGACAAGGAGAGGACGAUACGGAAUCCACCACCUUAUCCGCAGAAUCUACAACGGACUCUUCGACGGCUUCUUCUGCUACUGACUCUACAACCGUUUCGACUGCCACGGACUCUACAGCCACAGAUUCUUUAGCCACGGAUUCUACUGCCACGGAUUCCACAGCCACGGAAUCUUCAACCACUGAAUCUACGGAGUCUCCCGCUACGGACUCUACUACGACGGUUUCUCCAACCUCUUCUUCGACAGCUUCAUCCAGCACUGAUUCUUCAGUUACGGAAUCUUCAACCAGUGAAUCUGAAACGGAUUCUCCUGCUAGUGACUCUACCACCCCGGAUUCUUCAUCCUCUUCUUCUACCGCUUCAGACACCACGGAUUCUACAGCCACGGAAUCGUCAACCACUGAAUCUACAACGAUUUCUCCUACUAUUGAUUCUACUACCACGGUUUCUCCGACCUCUUCUUCGACCACUUCUGACACUGACUCUACCACCACGGACUCCACAACAACGGAUUCUUCAUCCACGGAUUCGACAACCGCGGAUUCUACAACGACGGAUUCUACCAACUCGGAUUCUACAACAGUAUCUUCAACAGAUUCUACAACUGACCCAGCCACUACGGAUUCAACAACCUCUUCUACAACCUCCUCUACAACCUCUUCUACAGCUUCUUCUACAGACUCAGAUUCUACUACUGAUGCUACCACCAAUUCUUCUCCUGUGAGCUAUAAGCUUGCCGCCUGCUACAGCAUCUACAAAGACGGAGUGAUAAACCGUGGCUGUGUUCAGGUGCCCGAUGGGGAAGGUGCCUGCGAGGUUGUAAGGAAGGAUCUCGAGGUUACAGCAGACGCUGUCGAUGAGUGUGAUAUCUGCUUGACAGAUCGGUGCAAUGGAAGUACUAGCCUGAAGGUCUCUUUGGGUGCCAUGGUUCUGCUCUUGACGAUGGGACUGAAAAACCUUCUCUAGGAGAUGGUGGCAGAUUAUUAUGUAUUAUGUAUAUAUUUGUUAGUAAUUUGUAUCCGUAUUAAUUUAAUAAACUGUUGUCAAGAAUAAAGUGACAAUUUCCAAACUUAA